AUGCUGUGGAAUCUUCAGGCAGCAGAGCGUGAGAUGGAGAACCUCCCCCUGGGUCCCAUGUUCAAGGACGUGGUUUUGCGCGCGGGCCCGGCCCGGGGCAGGGGCACCAAGCAGAGCAGCUGGGCCGCUGCUAAAGGCCGCACCCGCUCGUACUCAGGCUCCGAUUUACGGUCCAGCAGCAGCGGAGGAGAUAAUGGGACCGCAGGCGGCGGAGGGGCGCGGGCCGCGGCCGCCGGGAGGUUUCUGGCUCAGGUGCCGGGCGCACACCAGCCUAGCGCCUCGGGCGGCCCGCGCAGCCGCUCUCUCCGCGGGGCCGUGGGCACCGUGGCGUCGGGGGCCCGCUCUGCUCAGUCCUCCUUCAGCAUCUCCAACAGCAGCAGCGGCCGGUACGGCUCGCAGGACUCGGUGCACAGCAGCCCGGAGGACGGCGGCGGCAGCGGAGGCGGCAGGGACUGGCUGGCGGGCGGGCCGGGCUCACCGCGCCUGGUCAUCGGCUCAUCACUACCAGCUCACCUCUCUCACCUCUCGCCGCACUUGUUUGGAGGAUUUAAGUGCCCUGUAUGCUCAAAAUUUAUACCCUCAGAUGAAAUGGAUUUACAUCUUGUGAUAACAAUGCCAAGAAUAACCUAUCAUGAGGAUGUCCUGAGUAAAGACGCCGGAGAAUGUGCGAUAUGCCUGGAAGACCUGCAGCAGGGGGACCCGAUAGCACGGCUGCCUUGUCUGUGCAUCUACCAUAGAGGCUGCAUAGAUGAAUGGUUUGAAGUAAAUAGAUCUUGCCCUGAGCACCCUUCAGAUUAAGCAUCAGCUUCCUGUUUUAUAGGUUUUCUUCUCUUCUCAAGAUGCUUAAAA